AUGUGGUGGCAGCAUUACCUCCUCAACCACGUGGGCGAUGACAAGACGCACUUCGUUGCCGUGGCUACGGGUGGUUUCAGGCACAGCAUGUGCAUACCGCAGGAGGUUGGGAACCAUUUGGGGAGCAUGAUCUCUGAAACCAUCAAACUAGAAGCUCCUAAUGGCAUAUUUCAUAUUGGAGUGUGUAGAAAGACGGGUGAGCUAGUUCUUCAGUCUGGCUGGGAUAAAUUUGUCGCAAUGCAUCACAUAGAAGAAAAUUAUUCUUUUUGGUUCGUGUACCGUGGGAACUCUACCUUUAAGGUUCGUAUAUUCAAUUCCAAUGAUCAUGAGAUGACUACUUCCUGUUCUCAACCACCUCAGAGCUUUGGGGGUGUUCCAUCUGCCGCAACUUGCGAUCAUCAUGUGCUGAAUGGAUAUGAAGCUCACAUGCUGAAUGAGCGUGCAUCUGUGGAGUUUGGGGUCGAUUUGGAACCUCAUAGCUCUGGCAAUCUCGAGGGGCCUUCCCAGCAUUCCUACAUUUUAGCUGCAGGGAUAACUCUAGGUGCUGUGGAGACGAAGAAAGUUGAGGAGAAAGUCCAAGCAAUUCAAUCUGCACUUCCUAUCUUCGUGACAGUAAUGACCAAAACCUGGGUUAAUGGCCGUAAUUUGCGCUUCUGCCGUGAAUACGGUUCAAGAUACAUUCCACCUAUGAGGAAAGGAAAGCCUCUCAUGCUCCAGGCAGAGGGAAGAACGACGGAGUGGCCAGCCAGAUUGGGAAUAGAUGCGACUAGAGUGAACUGGAUUCGUCGUGGCUGGAAGGAAUUCGUCGCCGGCAAUGACGUGCGGGAGGGGGAUAUCUGCCUCUUUGAACGGGCAAAGAGCACGACACGGCUUAGGAUGACGGUCCAUUUCCUCCGCAAGUCAGACAUGGAGGUGUAG